AUGGAGGGAUUCUUGAAGAAGUGAACUAACUACGUUUAUGGCUGGAGAAAACGGUAUUUCGUCUUACAAAAUGGAGUUUUAAAAUACUGCAAGAAAAAAGGAGGCACGCUGAAAGGUACAAUAGUUUUAAACAACUCACAAAUUCAAUCCCACACUAAUCCGAAGAGGUUUAUCAUCACAACUGGGGUUUCAUCAAUCCAUUUCAAAGCAGAAAACCCCAUCCAAGCAAAUAAGUGGAUCACAGCCCUUACUCCCCCUCCUUUAAAUUGGAACAAAAAAUUUUGUUCCAAUUUAAAGGGGGUUAAGAAAAUUUUUUUAAAAAAAAUUUCAAAAAUUUAUCGAAUUAGAUUAAUAAAUUUGUUUAAUAAAAUUCUAUUUACUCUUUAUCCUUAAAAAAAAAGCAAGAUAUAAUUAAUUGUUAUUAUUAGAUAAUACGCCACGAUUAAUUGGUAUCAAAACUAUUGCACAAAAAUUAUUAUUUUUAUUGAUAAAAAAAAGAUUAAAAAAAAAAAUUAGGAAAUUUAUCGAUCAAAGUGCUAAAUUUGUUUAAAUAAUAUGCUAUUUUUACUUUAUUCUUUAAAAUAAAUCAAGAAAUAAGUAAAUUUUGAAGUUUUGCAAAGAAUUCACAUUGAAUUUAUAUCAAAAUUAUUUAAAUAAAGAAUAUCAUUUUUAUCCAAAAAAAUAAAAAUUAAAUUUUCUUAAAAUUUUAGCAAUUAAGGAUAUUAAAUUUAUUUAAAUAAGAUGCUCUUUAUACUCUCUUCUUUAAAAAAGAGCAAGAUAUAACUAAAUUUUUAAUUUUAGUUAAGAAGAAACAUUUAACUUAUAUCAAAACUUUAUACAUAAAAUUAUGAUUUUUAUAUAUAAAAUUUUUUACUAUAAAAUUAAAAUUUUGUUCCAAUUUAAAGGGGGGUUAAUUUAACGAAAAAGUGGAAAUUUUACCUAUAUUUUGUUCCAAUUUAAAGGGGGGGAGUUAGAAACCAGCAAAAUGCCUCUAAAUCUCUCUCAUUAGGCUGCCUCACACCUAGAAGCUCAGAAAUCCCAGCCCCAUCCGGAGGUAGCACAAUUGCAAUGAAAGUUGGCGAGCUCUGAGGGAUCCAUGCCCAAAUGCAAGAAGCUGUUGACAUGAUCCCUAAACAUGAGAUAAGGCGAAUCCCAGGGCUCGAUACAGUGAUUAUUCUUACACAAGCAGUAAAAAGAAUUUCAGCAGAAAUUUUAGAAGCCCUUGAUGUUGAAGAAAUAAGGAGGAGCACCAUUUCCAAUACUCAAAAAUCCCCUGGACUGGCUCCAGAAAACCAUGAUACAUAUAGCGGGUUCGAUAAUAAUUUGGACGACUCAGAAAAGAUAGAAGAAGAAUAUGAAAAAGAAAUUGAGUUUCACGAUGCAAGAAGCCACGCUUCAAACCUUUCAAUCAACUCAGAAGGAGAAGAAACAUUGGUGAUUGCUCCUCAUAGGAAGUGCUUACCUGUUUUAAGGAACCCAAACCAGAAAUUUAAUAUUUGGAAAGUGAUAAAGGACUCUAUAGGAAAAGAAAUGAGCAAAAUUACAGUCCCUGUGUAUUUUAAUGAACCUUUAAGCUUUUUGCAGAGGUUCUGCCAAGACUUGACUUAUUCUGAUACUGUAGAUAGAGCUUCCGAGGAACCUGACCCUUUGCUAAGGCUUGCCUUAGUUGCAUGCUUUGCUGCUAGUGGGUAUGCAGGCACUGAAAGCCGCACAAUGAAGCCAUUCAACCCACUGCUUGGAGAAACUUUUGAGUUAGAAAAAAAUGGUCUUAGAGUGAUUUCUGAGCAAGUUAGUCAUCACCCUCCAGCUUCAGCAAUUCAUUGUGAACAUCCUGCUUUUACUUUCUGAGGAAACACAGAGGUAAAAACAAGCUUUAAAGGAACAUAUUUGCAAGUAAACCCAACAGGAACUUUCCAUCUAAUAUUGAGGCCUUAUAAUGACCAUUUUAUUUGGCAUAAAAUAAAAACCAAUGUCCAUAAUAUAAUUAUGGGCAAAAUAUAUGUUGAAAACCAUGGAGAUUUAGAAAUGUCAAAUUACUCCACAGGUGACCGGGCAACUCUUACUUUUAAGAAAAAAGGCUGGUUUGAAAAAAGCACUCACGAAGUAACUGGCUUUGCCUAUGACACAAAUGGAAAUGCUGUUUAUUCUAUUGAAGGAACAUGAAGCAAGGGGUUAACAAUCAAACAUAUUGAGACUGACAGAACAAUUGUAGGCUUUGAAGUAUAUCCAAAUCCUCCAGAUUUUGAACAAAGCUACUUUUUUACUGAUUUUGCUUUACAAUUGAAUCUACCUCCUGAAUAUGUACCUGGGCUACCGCCAACUGACGCCAGACUUAGACCUGAUCAAAGAGCCUUGGAAAACGGAGACUUGAAGCUAGCUGCAGAAGAAAAAGUAAGAGUGGAAGAGAAACAAAGAGAAGCAAGAAGAAAGCGAGAAGAAGCUGGAAUUGAGUAUAAACCAUCAUGAUUCUAUUAUGAAAAUAAUGAAUGGAUAUAUAAUGGAGAGUAUUGGAAUAGAAGAAAAGCCCAACAAUUCGAAGGCUUGCCAGAUAUAUUUUAA